AUGGCCAAGAUCACUUCCGUCAAGUACUACCGUGUUAAGCCGCGAUGGCUGAUGGUGAAAGUCGUUGAUGAGAAUGGACAAUAUGGAUGGGGUGAAGCUACGCUCGAGGGUCAUGAUCUUGCUGUUGAGGGGUGUUUGGAUGAGAUGAUUCCGCGGAUCAUUGGGCAAGAAGCAAAUGAUAUCGAAAAUAUCUGGCAAACCUUCUGGCGUCAUGGAUUCUACCGCGGCGGACCAGUUUUCAUGUCUGCCAUCUCAGGCAUUGACAUCGCGUUAUGGGAUUUGAAAGGUCGCAAUCUGAAGGUACCUAUCUACGAGCUCCUCGGCGGCAAGGUGCGCAACAAAGUCCAAGUUUACUGCUGGAUCGGCGGUGAUAGGCCAUCAGAUAUCGAAGCAGCCGCAAAGAAGCGCCUUGAGCAAGGCCUCACAUGCGUCAAGAUGAACGCCACCGAAGACUUAGGAUGGAUUGACUCCCCAUCCGCCCUCGACAGCACCGUUGAGCGUCUCAAACAGGUAAAGGCAUUCGGUCUCGACGCAGGUCUUGACUUCCACGGAAGGUGUCAUAAAGCAAUGGCGAAGCAACUCGCACGAGCCCUUGAACCCCACCGACCUCUGUUCAUAGAGGAGCCUAUUCUCGUGGAGCAUCCUGAGGCUAUCAAGAAGCUGUCUGACCAGACUGUCAUCCCAAUUGCCUUCGGUGAGCGCCUAUAUACACGCUGGGAUAUCAAACGCUUCCUAGAAGAUUCGAGUGUCGAUAUCCUACAACCUGACAUCGCGCACGCAGGCGGUAUUUCUGAGACGAAGCGUAUAGCUACUAUGGCUGAAGCUUACGAUGUCGCCAUCGCGCCUCACUGUCCACUUGGACCUGUCGCAUUCGCUGCCUCUGUUCAAGUAGCGCUGUCAUCACCAAACUUUGCCAUUUUGGAGAUGAGCUUGGGGAUGCAUUAUAACACGGAGGCCGGAGAUAUUGAUCUCUUGACGUAUCUCAAGAAUCCUAGUGUUUUUGAUCUGGAAGGUGGUCACGUCAAGGCGCCUACGGGGUAUGGAUUGGGAAUUGAGAUUGAUGAAGAGAUGGUGGCUAGGAUUGCGAAAGAGACGGUGCCGUGGCAGUGUAAAACGUUCCAUGGUCCUGAUGGCAGUAUUAGAGAGUGGUGA